AUGUCGUCGCACUCAUUCUCAUCAAUCCUUUACGGGGUCGCCGAAGAUCAAAAAGUAGCCACCAUCGCAUUCAAACGACCCCGACAUUUCAAUGCGAUCGACCCGAAACUCCCUGGCGAGAUUCGUGCCGCUGUGAGGCUCGGGAAUGGCGAUGCCAAAGUCCACUGCAUUAUCAUCAAGGGAAACGGACCGGGAUUCUGUGGUGGUUGCGAUCUAAACCUCACUGCCGAACAGGGCGAUGUGAGCAAAGGUUUCGACCCGUUCAUAGACUAUCAGAUGAUGAAAGAAUACACCGAGUCCUACGCCGAGCUCUUGCGCAGCCACAAGCCCACCAUUGCGCAGGUGCACGGGGCCGCGGUUGCUGGGGGCAGUGGCAUUGCUCUUUCCUGCGAUCUGGUGAUCAUGGCAGAAGACGCCCGCAUCGGAUAUACGCCGACGAGAGUCUGGGGUUGCCCGAGGACGGCAAUGUGGACGUAUCGCCUCGGCCCCGAAAAGUCAAAGAGAAUGCUCUUUACGGGUGAUUUGGUCAACGGGAAGGAGGCGGAAAGCAUGGACAUGGUCUUGAAAGGCGGUUCACUCCAAUCAACUCGAGCAUACCGUCCAGUUUCUGGUCGAUCGGAUCAAGACGGUCCCUGUGAACCAGCUGUGGAUCUAGAAGCGAGUGGUCAACAGUAUCAUUGA